CACAAUGCCACAGUGCUAUCUCUAGCUAUUCUUAGGCUGUCACUUCAGCUCGUCUGAGCAGAGGCUACUCGGCGCCGACCCCAUCCCAUCCCAUCCCUUCAGCUGCUGUGGGGUUUAAAAAAAAUUUUUUUGGUUUAAUCACCGCCGUCCGUCUCGGAGGAUCUUUUAGUUACCUGGAAGAAUGAGUACCUACACUGUAUCGCUGCCCGGCCCCGGCCCCUGGGGCUUCAGACUGCAGGGGGGCAAGGACUUCAACAUGCCACUCACCAUCUCCAGGAUCUCUCCGGGCAGCAAGGCAGCACAGGGUAAUCUGAUCCAGGGUGAUGUUAUCGUCGCCAUUGAUGGUGUCAGCACUGACGGGAUGACUCACCUGGAGGCCCAGAACAAGAUCAAGAUGGCCAACUACAACCUGGCGCUCACCAUGUCCAAGUCAAAGCGUCCCAUUCCGAUGCCACCACCAAGAAUGGAUGCCACUAUUUCCAUGAUCCCUCACCAACAGGUAACUUAACCCAGAAUACAUUUCUACCAGCGCAAACUGCACUGAGAUCUGCCCUGGAUACUGCAAUGAAACUGAUCUGUUGCUAU